CGUGGAUAUCGAGGGACCAAUCCGCAUAUCCGCCGUAUCAUCGCGUAUAAAAUUGGCCAGCUUUGAGAAGAAGAAAACAUUCAGUGGCCCAAGACUCAAGUAUCAUGAAGCUGUCUUUCUUGGGUGCCCUUUCCCUUCUCGCCGCGUUUGCAUCUGCAAGCAGUAGCGAAAAAGUCGGUGCCCGCGACAGUGAACACAACAAUUGCAGCAAUCCUGCUGUCAGGAAAGAAUGGCGGUCUCUCACUGACGACGAAAAGGCCGACUGGAUUUCCUCCAUCAAGUGUUUGGCUCACAAGCCUCACAGUCCAAAGUUCAGCCCUACUGUCAAACCUGAUAACAUACCACCCGUGAACGAGAACAGUUCGUAUUGGGACGAUAUCUCUUACAUCCACAUGGACAUGAACUUCAAGAUCCAUUUUACUGGUCUCUUCCUACCCUGGCAUCGGUGGUAUAUGCACUCUGUGGAAGAAUCGCUCAGAGAGAUGUGUGGAUUUUCUGGGACUAUGCCGUACUGGGACUGGACGCGCGAUGCGGCAGAUUUCGAAGGAGCGACUAUUUUCGCUGAGCCCGAUCUCAAAAGCGGACUCGGAGGUUGGGGAGGUCCUGAAGAUGAUUAUCUUGUUCGUGAUGGCGGCUUCUCGUAUGAUUUUGACCUCGCCUAUCCCUCUCCACAUGGUCUGCGUCGCAACUACACCUUGCGGCCUUGGUUGUCCGACCAAUUUGCCGGCUUGAAUGUUAUUUUAGACCCUAGUCAGAUGGCGAACAUAUCUUUCACCGCCGACAAGAUCCAGGAACUAGUGAACGGUAGUGAAGGAGACUACGUAGGAUUCCAAUUCUCCUUUGAAGAUUGGGAGGCUGCUCAUGCCAGCGUCCAUGAAAUGACGGGAGGGGAUAUGGCUGGUAAUUGCCCCGCAAGCGCUCCCGCGAGUUGCCAACCGGGACCGCUUUGGGCUCCAAAUGAGCCGCUAUUCUUCCUCCAUCAUACCACUGUCGACAAAGUCUGGUAUGACUGGCAGAACAAAAGUCCCGCUAACAAGAACGCUUUCAAAGGUGGUUCUGUUCAACGUGUUGAUACCCGUGCCAUGUAUUUGGCGAAUCCGAACGGAGGCCCACCUGCCCUCACGCCCCAAUCUGUCGUCACCGGUGAAGGCAUAUAUGAUGAAUGGGUUAUUGAGGAUUACUUGAGCACUACAGCUGGGGCACUCUGCUAUGUUUAUGAGGAGUAGUCUCAUUCGAUUUUUAUUUAUUUAUUAGGAACGGAUUCAAACUUAGUUCAGUAUAAUCGAAA